AUGCCUGUGCCCCACAUCUCACUCCGUCUUUUCCUCUCUGUCACCCCUCCCCUCCCAGUGGAGCCCACAGUGACCAUCUCCCCGGCCAAGACAGAGGCCCUGAACCACCACAACAUGCUGGUCUGCUCGGUGACAGAUUUCUACCCAGCCCACAUCAAAGUCCGGUGGUUCCGGAAUGACCAGGAGGAGACAGCCGGUGUGGUGUCCACCCCCCUGAUUCGGAACGGGGACUGGACCUACCAGAUCCUGGUGAUGUUGGAAAUGACCCCCCAGAGAGGAGACAUCUACACCUGCCGCGUGGAGCACCCCAGCCUCCAGAGCCCCAUCGCAGUGGAGUGGCGGGCACAGUCUGGAUCUGCCCAGAGCAAGAUGCUGAGUGGCAUCGGGGGCUUCGUGCUGGGGCUGAUCUUCCUGGGCCUGGGCCUUGUCAUCCGUCACAGGAAACAGAAGGGGCUCCUGCACUGACUCCUGAGGGUACUUUGACUGGGAUCAGCUAUGUUUCUUCUGAAAUGCCUGCUUGCUGUCCUCGCGCAGAUUUCCCAGCUGCCUGUGAACCUGCUCCCUAGUUACUCUAAUGCAGUCGGCCAGGCAUCUCCUGUGAUACCCCCUCACCGCUCCACCCCCUCCUGAGGCCAUGGCUGUGCCCUGUGGGCUGGCAGCUGAGUCUAUUCAAGGCCCCCAAGGCAUUUUUCUUUUGUCCCCUCCCCCAAUGCACUGUCCAAGAGAAGCACAUUAAAGCCUUUGCCUGACUCCAGAGCUUUUAUCAUAAUUAAACAUGUUAUCUGUA